AUGUUCGAGACGGGCACCGCAAGGAGAGAGAUUGACGAGUGCACAGAGGUCCCCAAGUCCACCAACCCCUACGUCAAGCUGUUGGUGCGUCUGUACAAGUUCCUGGCUCGCCGCACCGAUGCCCCCUUCAACAAGACGGUUCUGCGCCGCCUCAUGAUGUCCAAGACCAACCGUCCCCCCGUCUCCCUCUCCAAGAUUGUCUCCAUCGCGGCCAACAAGAACACCGCCAAGACCCACGAGGGCAAGACCAUCGUCAUUGUCGGCACCGUCACUGACGACAACCGCAUGCUCGAGCUCCCCAAGCUCUCGGUUGCGGCUCUCCGCUUCACUGCCUCGGCUCGCGCUCGCAUCGAGAAGGCUGGUGGUGAGUGCCUCACCAUUGACGAGGUCGCUACCCGCUCCCCCACCGGAGCCAACACCCUCCUCCUCCGCGGACCCAAGAACUCGCGUGAGGCUUUCAAGCACUUUGGCUUCGGUCCCCACUCUGGAAAGAAGCCCUACGUCGAGAGCAAGGGCCGCAAGUUCGAGCGUGCCCGUGGACGCAGAAGGUCGCGUGGUUUCAAGGUCUAAGCUUGUGCUACAAGUGGUUCGGUUUCUCUGGUUUGGCGUGGUCACGGUCAUGGGAAUUCACUUACGAGGCGUGCAUCAUGACUAGCAAUGGCUCUUUGAAGGCCUGCAAAAAGAUACUCGAUGCUCAACAUGAAAUGAAGCAUACAAAUGGGCUCUUGGGGCUCAGGGUCCACCAUGAAAUCUCAUUUUUGAUUCGUGAAGUAUAUUUGUUGUGACUGUGACUUGGAUUGUUCACUUUCAUUCCAAUGAUAUAGAAGCAACAGAAAGUAUUCAUUGGCGGAUACCUCGAUGGUUGGAGAAGACGGUUCCUCGAAAUCGGCGAAUGUUGGGUAUUCAAAAGGCUGCAACAAAACGCUCUUGACAUGACCAUUCUCAUGACCAUUCUCAUCUGCUGUGACGCGGUGCUUCUGUAGUAAUCCGCCGCCUUUGCAGGACUG